UUUUAUAUAUCUUUAAGAUAUGCUUCUUUGUUCACUUCCAGCUAUUCUGUUAAAUAUGUGUCCACACUCAGUUUUUCCAUUGUUUACAAUUGGAAAGAUUAAAUGUGUUGCAAUAAUAUAAUCAGCAGUUUGUGCAGUACUGCCCAGUGCAAAUGACUUGACUUGAGAUGUUCACAGUAGUCAUCCAAGCUAGAUCAUGUAUACUAUGUGGAUGUGAUGUUUGUCCGCACUCAAAGAGGAAAACGCUUCCCAAGCUGUGAAAUAUAAAUAAUAGUGUAGACUACGCCUCCUGUGAACACCAGUCUGCCUACUUAUGUUAUUUUGUUUGCUGCAAUUUUAAUCUCUUGUGAUUUAAAAACAAAAUGAUCUAUGGUGGGCUAUAAUGCAGUAUGAUUAAUCUUAAUGUUACCUUUUCAGCUGGAAGAGGCGUUUGCCUUGGAAAAAAAUGAGAAUAUCAAUAUUCAGAAACACUUGGAUGAAAUUACCUAUAAAGUGAAAUCUAUUGAGAGACAGCAGCAUUAUCUGAAAAUGCGAAUAUACCAGAAAGACUGUGAAAUGGAUGCCCUUAGAACAAAGAAGGAGUGUGAACUACAGGAAUGCAGAGAUUUCAUUGCUUACUUAAAAUAUGAGGCAGUGGCAAGGCUGACUGCACUGAAAAAUUAUCAAGCUGCUAGCAGGAAUUCAGAACGGAAGAAGCACCAUGCCCAAGUUAGUGAACUUGUCACAGUGAUCCGCACAUUGAAAAAGGAGUUUGAAGAACAGCAGAAAGGAUGGGAGGAGCAGCUGAAAGCCCUUAAACUGAAACAAAAAAAUGAACUAUCUAGGCUGAAUCAUGAAAUGGAAAAAGAACUGAAAGAAACUGAGGAGGAGAAAGAAAAGGAAAUGAAAGAAUUAAAGCACAGUCUGGAGCUGCAGCAGAAAACAGAGCUCCAUAAAGCCAUUGAAAUUGGAAAAAAACAACUAUAUGACACGAAGGAAGUUAAAAAAACCAAACUGACUGAAGGUAAAAAGGAGAACAAGAGAAUCAUUGAAGAAAAUGAGGCACUCAUUGUUGCUCUGCAGGCAGAAAAAAAAAGCCUGCUAGAAAAAGCUGAAAAGGAAGAUAAGAAGAGAAAGGAGCUGUGUGGUGUGAUCACGCGCACCCAGAAAAUUCUGCAGAAUGUCCAGAAAGAGAACCAGGCAUUGCAAACUCAGAUAACUAUACAUCAAAAGGAGAAGAGUUACUUAUUGCUAAUUGCAGCAAGGAUAAAAAUAAAAGAGAAAGACAUUGAAGAACUUCUAGAGGAGCAAACUGAACUGGAGGAAAAAGUUAGAGCAGAGAAAGCUGAACUAGACAAGAUGAAGAUGAUAUGGACAGAAACAAUUAGCAAUGAUCAAAGAAAAAGUGAAUUUAAAAGCUUCUAUCUGAAGAAACGAGUCAAAUGUGACGACACUUCACAGACAGAAUAAGAGAACACCUGCUUUUUGACACUUUACGUUUUCCUUCUGGCCACUCUCAUCCACUAUAAUCAAUUAAACCAAAAAAUCCACAGCACUUUUGCCACAAUGCAACAUGCACAAGAGAGUUGCCAUCCGUAGCAUAGGAUGUACAGUAUGGACCAAUUAUAUUUUAAAAAAUGUAUGAUUUCCUGAAACCCACAUAUUGUUUCACUUUAUUGUUACCCUUUUCAAGGGUAAAUGUGAUACUGUUGGAAACCUGGUCACUUAUGGGCUUGAACCCAAUUUGGUACUCAAGAAUCGUUUUGCAAUUUUAAUAGCAUACAUGAACAUACACAAUGUGAAAUUUAUCUAAUGUUCAAAAUAUCUAAACCAAGAAUCUGGACACUUUUCUUUAUUGUAAAGAUUUGUAAACGUGUACAGUACUGAGUCUGACUAAAUAGAAAGGCUCUGCAUUAGGAGAAGAUAAACUGAUCUGUUGUGGUUCACCAUUUCCUGAAUACAGAAGCCCCCCGUAUUUGCACCCCGGCUUUCCCUGCUCCCUUAUUCCAAGUCACUGGGCUCUACCAGCAGCAGCCAUAAAGGAACUUCAGUAGGAAACUCUCACUCCUAUAAAUGUCUGCACUUGGGUCAUUAACUGGCACUUUUCUCUCUGACUUUAUUAUUGUAUCUCUUUUCUCAUGCACUUACUAUAAAUCUUAAAUGGUUUUGUAUCUCAAAAUAAUUAUAAAAACAACCUGUAAAACAUUUUCCUUUAGAUGUUAAUUUUCUGAAACAAGCAAUAUGAAACAAAUAUUAAGAAGAUGAUGUCUAUAUUUCAAUUUGUAUCAUUUUGGU